AUGGCAGGACACCUGGCUUCUGACUUUGCCUUCUCGCCCCCACCAGGUGGUGGAGGUGAUGGGCCAGGAGGGCUGAAACCAGGCUCAGUUGACCCUCAGACCUGGAUGAGCUUCCAAGGACCUCCUGGUGGGUUGAGAAUGGGGCUGGGACCUUGGCCCUGGGGCGGAGAUGUUGGGAGGCGUUCCCCAUGCCCCCCACUGAAUGAGUUCUGUCGGGGGAUGGCCUGCUGUGGUCCGCAGGCUGAAGUGGGGCUGGCAUCCCAAGGCAGCCUGUGGAACCCCCAGCCCGAGGUCAAGGCAGGAGCCGGGGUGGUGAGCAACUCUGAGGGGGCCUCUCCCAAGGCCUGUGCUGCCCAACCUGGGGCAAGGAGAAGCUGGAGAGCCAACCCCCAGGGCGAGGUGAAUGAGGACAUGAGAGCUCUGCAGAAAGACCUCGAGCAAUUGGCCAAGCUCCUGAAGCACAGGAGGAUCACCCUGGGAGAUACCCAGGCCGAUGAGGGGCUCCCUGUGGGUGUUCUCUUUGGGAAGGUGUCCAGCCAAACAAUUGUCUGCUGCUUUGAGGCUCUGCAGCUCAGUGUGAAGAACACAUGUAAGCUGCAGCCCCUGCUGCAGAAGUGAGUGGAGGGAGCUGACAACAAUGAGGAUCUGCAGGAGAUGUGCAAUGCAGAGGCCCUUGUGCAGGCUCGGAAGAGAAAGCGAAGGAGUAUCAAGAACCGAGUAAGGGGCAACGUGGAGAACAUGUUCCUGCAGUGCCCAAAGCCCACCCUGCAGCAGAUCAGCCACAUCGCCCAGCAGCUCGGGCUGGAGAAGGACAUGGUCCGAGUGUGGUUCUGCAACCAUCGCCAGAAGGGCAAACGAUCAAGCAGUGACUAUUCUCAAUUGGCAGAUUUGGAGGCUUCCAGGCUUCCUCUCUCAGGGGGACCAGCCUCCUCUCCUCUGGCCCCAGGGCCCCAUUUUGGUACCCCAGGCUAUGUGGGCCCUGACUUCACUAGGCUGUACUCCUCAGUCCCUUUCCCUGAGGGUGACGCCUUUCCCCCUGUGUCUGUCACCACUCUGGGCUCUCCCAUGCAUUCAAACUGAGGUGCCUGACUUCCCAGGAUGGGGGAGAGCACGGGAAAGAACCCUGAGAGUUCUUCCAGGCCCUUGGGAUUCAGCUCUUCCUUCCCAAGGGAGCUGGGAACACAGAGGGUGUGGGGGCAGGGCAUUUGGGGACCUGGUUGGAGGGAAGGUGAAGUUCAGUGAUGCUCUUGACUUUAAUCCCCACAUCACUUAUCAAUGUGAUCUUAAAGGAAGAAGCCUGGGACACAGUAGCA